UCUCGGUCCCUAUUCUGUCCCUUGGGCCUUGGCUCAGAUGGGUUACGGUCCAGGUAUCGUUCUAUACACCAUCUUCGGAGCUCUAGCAGGCUACACUGGCUGGCAGAUCUGGCAAAUGUUUCUGCAGCUGGACUCCAACCAAUAUCCUCUCAAGACUUUCGGCGACAUCGCCUUCCGAGCCUACGGCAAGGUCGUGCGACACUUGGUAAACAUCCUUCAAGCCAUACAACUUAUCUUCAAUGUCGGAGUCAUCAUCAUCCAGAACGGACAAGGGCUGUAUCAGAUUAAUGGAAACAUCUGCUACAUUGUGUGCUGUGUUAUCUGGACUGCUUGCGGUUUCAUACUUGGCCAAGUUCGUACUCUGCAGAAGUAUGGAUGGAUUGCCAAUUGCGCUGUCUGGCUCAAUGUCAUCGUCAUGAUUCUCACAAUGGCUGUUGUCACUCAUUCACAUCCCAACUACGAGGCCGCAGGAAAAUCUAACGGCGUCGAUAUUGGUCCACCUGCACCUCCAGUCAUGACUACAGCAGGUCCGCCAGCCACUGUGGAGUUCAGUGGGCAAAUUGUAGGCUUGAUGCAAGCUGUGUAUUCGUAUGGUGGCGCUAUGCUUUACUGCGAAUUCAUGAGCGAGAUGCGAAAGCCAUGGGACUUCUGGAAGGCGCUAGUCAUCGCGGAGACCUUCAUUUAUGUCGUCUACCUGUUCUUUGGCAUUUUCGUCUACUCAUACCAGGGACAAUAUACCAUCAACCCAGCCCAACAGGGAAUGUUCCCACACGCCGCCCUGACCGCAGGCAACAUCAUCGCUUUCGUGACUGCUUUGAUGGCAGCAGGUCUAUAUGGAAACAUUGGAAUCAAAGUCAUGUAUCAGAACAUCUUCCAAGAGCUAUUGGGCUUGCCUCCACUCACGUCCAGGGCUGGCAAGCUACUCUGGGCCGGCAUUGUCCCUGUUUAUUGGGGCAUCGCCUUCCUCCUCGCAGCCGCCAUCCCUCAAUUCAGUGCUCUUUCUGGUCUCGUGGCAGCCCUCUGCAUCCUCCAAUUCACCUAUACCUUCCCACCUCUCCUCAUGCUCGGCGUCCAAAUCCAACACGAUGCCAUCCGCCCUGAACAAGGCGAAGGCUUCAAUCCUGCCACCGGAGAAACCAUCCGUCACGAUCACGGUAUCAAGAGAUGGGCUCGUGGUUUCAUGGCUGGAAGGUGGUAUAUCAAGCUUUGGAAUUUCGUCUUCUUUUUGGGAGCUCUGGUGACUUGUGUGUUGGGGACUUACUCUAGUGUCAAGAGUAUUGUCGAUGCUUAUGCUUCGGGCUCGUCGACGGCUUUCAGUUGUGUUGGACCGGUCUGAUGGUAUCGAACUCGAUGUCGGAUGUGUGUGGUCGGGGUGAACAAAGGGU